AUAACAAACCAUGCACUCAAACCGACUAGGCAGGCGACACAGACGGAAGACAGAACAGAAACACUUCCCAAAAAUCGCAUCAUCGUCCCUUCACGUCACCAACUUCAACGAUCUUCAGUUAUUCAGUGUUUUGUCUGACCAUCCAUUAUCCCCAUUUUAGUUCACUUCGCGAAUAACUCAUUACACUACUCUCACUAGUAAAAGGAACCAAAAUCUUCGUGCUACCCCAAUUAGAUGGGGGCAGAGAAAGGGAAAGGAACCAAGGUGUCAGAUAUUCAGGACGAAGAUGACCUCGAUGAGGAACCUGGAGAGGUAAUCGAAUCAGCUCCGCCUCUCAAGGUCGGUGAGGAGAGAGAGUUCGGUAGUUCUGGUAUCAAGAAAAAGCUGCUAAAAAACGGUAUCUCUUGGGAAACUCCUGAGUUUGGAGACGAAGUAACCGUUCAUUACGUGGGUACUUUGCUUGAUGGGACAAAGUUUUGUUCCACAAGGGAUAAUGAUGAACCAUUGACUUUUAAGCUUGGUGAAGGUCAAGUGGCAAAGGGUUUGGAUCAUGGGAUUAUAACUAUGAAGAAGGGGGAAUGUGCAUUGUUCACAUUGCCUCCUGAUUUUGGUUAUGGAGCUGAAGGUCGUGAGGGCGUGCCACCUGAUUCAAUUAUACAAUUUGAGAUAGAACUUCAUUCGUGGAUCACAGUGGUGUAUAUAUGCAAAGAUGGUGGUAUUAUCAAGAAGAUUAUGGAGAAGGGAGAGAGCAAUGAACGGCCUAGUGAUUUAGAUGAAGUUCUCGUAAAGUAUCAAGCGGCGCUUGUUGAUGGGACUAUUGUUGCAAAAACUCCCAGAGAAGGAAAUGAGUUUUAUGUGAAAGACGAUCAUCUUUGUUCAGCAUUGUCAAAAGCAAUCAUAACAAUGAAAAGGGGAGAGAAGGUUAAGCUAAUUGUUCAACCUAAGUAUGCUUUUGGAGAGAAAGGGAGGGAUGCUACUGAUGGGUUCCCAACUGUUCCACCAAAUUCAGUAUUGAACAUUGAGUUGGAGUUGGUCUCUUUCAAGUCUGUUAUUGAUGUUACUGGUGAUUCUAAGGUAUUCAAAAAGAUUUUGAAAGAGGGAGAGGGUGUUCUUGUUGCAAAUGAAGGUGCAGAAGUAACUAUUAGCUAUAUGGCUAGGUUAGAAGAUGGUACUAUAUUUGAGAAAAAGGGAGUUGAUGGAGGGAAGCCAUUGGAAUUUAUCACAGAUGAAGAACAAGUGAUUCUUGGUUUGGACCGAGCGGCAGCAACAAUGAAGAAGGGAGAACAAGCAUUGUUGACAAUCAGUCCUGAGUAUGGCUUUGGAAGUGUUGUGGCAGAACGUGAUCUUGCAGUAGUCCCACCUUGUUCAAACCUAAUCUAUGAAGUUGAAAUGUUGGAUUUCAUUAAGGAUAAAGCCCCAUGGGAACUGAAUAGUCAUGAGAAAAUUGAGGCUGCAGGGAAAAAGAAAGAAGAAGGAAAUGUGCUAUUUAAAAGUGGGAAUUAUAAACGUGCAGGAAAAAAGUAUGAUAAGGCUCUGGACUGUGUCAGUGAAGAUGGACCCUUUGGGGAUGAUGAGCUAAAGCUAGUGAAAGCACUAAGGAUUUCUUGCUGGUUAAAUGGUGCAGCAUGUAGCCUCAAACUAAGUGAUUUCCAGGGGGCAAUCAAAUUAUGUUCCCAGGUACUAGAUCUCGAGUCCCACAAUGUGAAAGCUCUAUAUAGGCGGGCACAAGCCUAUAUGGAAACUUCAGAUUUAGUUUCAGCUGAACUGGACAUCAAAAAAGCUCUCGAGGCAGAUCCCCAAAACAGGGAGGUGAAGCUACUUCAGAAGACACUGAAACAACUCCAAGUUGAAAGCAACAAGAGGGAUGCUAAACUCUUUACAAACAUGUUUGCACGAAUGUCGAAAGACUCGUAUGUGCCCAUGAAGAAAUUGAAGGCUGAGAAAGCAGAGCAUGAGAAGAGUGAAGAAGUCGAAGCAAUGGAAAUGGAAUGUGCUGGUGAUAGUUCGACACCUUCCGGAGAUAGAAUGGCUAUUGAUUGGAGUUGAGAAAAUGUAUUUUAAUACAAGACGUAACCCAACAAUCCAAGUUUGAAAUAGCACUUCAUAUCUCUCUAACAAAAGGUUGAGGUCUACUGUUCAAAUCAGUACCUCCCCCUUGGCCUUGCUUACUUGUAAGUCAUACCACGAAAAGAGAAAGAAAAAACAAGUAUACCCAAUGUUAUAUUGUCAAGUCUUGUGACCUGAAAGAAACAGGGAUGAAAGAAAUGAAAUGAUGAUCCCGGUAUAAACAGGUGACCAGUACUGUUUUCAUAGAUUUCAUAAUAUUCAUGACAUUGAACCUUAAGUAAAAUCUUCCACCGUAUCUUUGUUUGUAUGUGUGUUUCUCGGUUGUUUGUUGUUUCUUGUACGCAGUUGGGACGAUUCGUCUUCUUUAGAACCGUGGUCCCUCCUCACCCACCCCUUUGGCUCGACAGGAAAAGUACAAAACAACAAGUAGUUUGUCCAUGUAGCUUCGAGAAACACGACUAUGGAGAAUGGACCUUUGGUUUUUGAACCUUACGCCAUGCGCAUGGUUACUUGGCAAAUCUAUUCAAUUCUAACGUCAAAUCUUUAGCGCCAACGCGUCACAGGUUUGCUCAAAGCUUGCUUUCGCUCAUUCUGCUGUCAAGUUUCUUCCUGGAUUUGAGGGGCCUCUCCCUUUUGAACUUGAAAC